UUGAGGUAGAGGUUACUGACCUGAAGGCCUCAGACAUGUGGGUGAAUAAGUUCAAGUCACUGAAUGAAGAUUUGGAAAGACUUGCACGACAGCAAGCAGAGCUGGCGAGCAAACACAAGUGGACAGAAAUGAAAAAAACUUCAACCCGCAGACCAGCUGAUUGUCAAAAUUUGGAACGCGCUUCCUGUCACAUACCACACACUGCAGCGUGAGUAUUGCCAUAUUGACCAUGUUUGGCUCUACGUAUGCAUGUGAACAGUCGUUCUCACAUCUAAAAAACAUCAAGACCAACCUACGAUCACGUUUAACAGAUGGAAGCCUCAACGCCUGCAUGAAGCUUAACCUCACCACGUAUCAACCAGACUACAAAGCCAGCAGCAAAACCAUGCAGCAGCAGAAGUCACAUUAAUGUGGUGCAGUAGGACCCUGAGAUGCAGCAGCAGUAAAGCAGGGAGGAGCCUGAAUAUACACCAAACAACCAUCCACACCCUGCAGCCACUGGGAAGUUCCUCUGCAUUCCUACCAUACACGCACAUACUCACAUAUACAAAGACAGAAAACUAGGAGGAACCACACGCUGAGGGUGGGAGUGCUGUAGGACGCAAGACCAGAACCUCAUCAUCAACGUCCUGCCAGUCUCAUCAUGAGUACGGCAGAUGGCGAUGAAGGUGAAGGUGCACGUGGGAGAGGUAGUGAAAGAGCCCGGUGGCCGGAGGAUAAGACCCCAGAGGGAAAGGUGCUGGGCAAAUCGAGUGCUACAACCACUGGACCAGGCUGGACAAAGGUCAGCUGCCCUUGCUGUGUGUCGGAGCAGAUCGAGCCGUUGGUUCUAGUGAAGCUUGGUGCGAAGGUUCGGCCUGAGACGAAGAGGUGGCUCAUCAGACUGAUUGGAGCUCCUCAGAAAGAUGGAGGUGCUGCGUUACUUGCCCACCCAGGCGAGGAUGCCAGUGGUGACAUCAUCGUGGUCGCUGCCCCACGCUGUACAUUACUACGAGCCGUUGAAGAGUUGGGUCUGUGUAAACCUUACCGUGACGGGGACAUGGAGGCCUUCUCCUACGAUGACAAAGACAAUUUUAUAGAGUCAGACAACGUGGAGGUGUUCCUGACGCUAGCGGAGCGACAGUAUAUAGUGAAAUAUGAGCUGGAUGGUUUGUGGGUGCAAAGGGACCUGAAAGUACCUGGCCUGUCCGACAGCUUUGUACUGAAACACAGAGACAGCAUCUGGCAGAAGCUUGUGUCAGCUGGUGUGGUUGUGGACAUGGUUCCCCUCCACAACCCGGGCAAAUUGAGGGAACUUGGUAAAACCUGGUACUCUGGGAAUCAUCUGGCUCAGCCAUUAGAUGCAGUCAAUGAAUAUUUUGGAAGCUCUGUGGGAUUCUACUUCAGCUUCCUUGAUUUCUACACCUGGUCUCUGCUCCCACCAGCAGUACUAGGCCUGUCCAUUACUUACUUCUCUGGUGAGGCUCAGAAGGAGAAGGAGUCAGUCUGGGGCUCAGGGGUCACAACUGCUGAAGAUGAGUCAGAUCUAGUGUUCAGUGGUCAUAUGGUCCAGGCUGUGUUCAGCAUGAUCUGGUCCACGGUAAUCAUGGAGCUGUGGAAACGUCGGAGCUCCACCCUGUCCUACCGCUGGGGGACCCUUAACCUCACAGAGCGCUUCGCAGAGCCCAGGCCCGGUUUCCAUGGUGAAAUCGGGGUCAACCCAGUGACGGGUCGUGUGGAGCCGCUCUUUCCUGGAUGGCAGAGGGACCUACGUAUGGCACUGGUGUCCGUCCCAGUGGUGGGUCUGUUUCUAGGGUUGGUGGUACUGGGGAUGACUUGUUUCUACUGGGGGGAGGCCCAUAUACAGCAGCUACACAAAGACUGGGACUCCCUGCUGACUCAAAUUCUGCUCUAUGUGCCAUCAGUACUACACAUCAUUUAUACAAACAUGUUAGCGACUGUUUACAGGAAUGUGGCUCAGUCUCUGACUGAAUAUGAGAACCACAGAGAGCAGUCAGCCUUUGAGAACCAUUUGACAGCGAAAGUCUUGGUGUUCACCUUCUUCAACUACUUUGCUGUGCUCUUUCACAUUGCCUUCAUCAAGGAGGAUGUGCCUUUGCUUCGUAAGCGCCUUGCCUCUUUGCUGAUAAUAUCCCAGGUGGUGAACCAGGUGACAGAGGUGGUCAUACCUUACCUGGUAGACCGGUUCAUCAGUACCCCCAACAGGGCAGAGACUGAAGAUGACCCACAGGAGGACAAAUUUAGAAACGAAAGCACCCUGCCUGCUUUCCCUGGCCUUUUUGCUGAGUACAUCGAACUCCUGGUGCAGUUUGGGUAUUUGAGUCUUUUCUCCUGUGUGUAUCCUCUGACGGCUGUGCUGCUGCUCAUCAACAACAUCACAGAGAUCCGAACAGAUGCCUACAAGAUCUGCAAACUCUUCCGCAAACCCUUCUCCCCUCCUGUGGCUAACAUGGGUGUGUGGCAGCUAGCUUUCCAGGUCCUGAGUUUUGCCUCCGUCAUGUCCAACUGCUGGCUGUUACUGCUGUCGCCACAGUUACAGGAGCUGUGUCAGCAGGGCAAGAUGAGCUGCACAAGCAUUUUGCUGAUGGCUGUUUUGGUGGAGCAUGUGCUCAUCUUAGUUAAGGUUAUUGUGGCAGUCCUGAUCCCCGAUGAACCAGACUGGAUCCGGAAAAAGAUAGAACGCAUGGAGUACAAAUCCAUUCAGGCCCUGAAACAAUGCUGAGCUGAAGAGUCCUGAUUGCGUUUCAAAGUGUUAAGGUGUGUUUUACGUUGUGCUGUGCUGGCCUGCUACACCCAGAAGACACAGUACCACCUUCAGUGUUGUGUAUAACUUGAAAGGAGAAAACCUUAGGAUCUCCACUAUGGCCACAGUGCAUCCUGCUGAGUCCCCAAUGCUUGCCCUAUACUGUAUAUUCAUAUUAUAUGUAUACUGCAAGUGUAUCUGAAACAUGAGCUAAAAUGUGUUUUUCUUGUCAAUGUUGGACAGCAGAUGGAAUGUCUCAGAUGACCUUUACAAAGUUUAUGUUAUGAUAAAGAAGGUUUUUGUAGGGUUUGUUGAUAAGUUGGGAAAACAGAAGAGUUCUUGGAAAAUCAGUAAGGUUUCAGUGUGUACAGUCAAUAUUUGGUAAGGGUGUGACAGCACAGAGUAUUUAUUUUUUCUGGCUGGAUCAAGGACAGACAAUAAUUGACUAAAUGUUGCAGUUCUUUUCUCUGAUCUAGGGCACUUUCAGGAGUGUUUUGCUCAGUGCUAUCUAGUGAUAGGGUAUAACUAGUGUUCAUAUUUAGGGGACAGUAUCGUCAUCGGACUGAUUCUUACACUGCACUGAUCGCUUUUAUAUCAAAAUUGGUUUAAAAAACAAAAGGUUUAAUAUAAACUGUUUGUAGCAUUUCACCUGGCUUUGCAGUCCCUUUCAGCUCAGCUCAAAGCAAUUUAGUCUUUCACUUCAGUGGUUUUGAAUUUAUGGCCCACAACUUUACCAUGACCCAUUCUGGUUCACCCAUUUAGCAGGUAAUGAGAUCCUGAUAUAUUGAUCAGUGAACUAAGACAAGCUGGCAUAACAGCGAGAUCCUGUGACCUUUAGAUGGAGCCAAUCUAUUUGAUUUCUCUGGGCUAAUAUACAGU